UUCCUGAGCGAUUAUAGUUAUACUACCGCGUUUCUAUAUCCCACGCUUCUGCUUUCGUAUUAUCGGGAUGAGUAUAUACUAUCAAUGGUAAGAUAUAUGAUCGGAUUUAGUUCAAACCCCUGCUUGAGCGUUAUGAUAGUCAGAGGCAUCUUACACAUCAGGGCCAUAUACAGUGAGCAGAGAUGUGACCGGUAUCUUAAAUAUGAGUCCACCGUGCUUUGA